AUGUCAGUGAACACCGAAUCUUCCUCAUACGAGCCACUUAUUUAGCAAACUCGCAGCUCAAAAAUUAGAAAACAAGCAAUUGUUACUAUUGCUUCUGUUGCUCUAAUAGCUGUUGGCUUCGCACAAAUAUUUGGAUAAUCUGAUAGUGAAGGCUUCCUUGGAGCUAAAAAUUAAAUGUCACUAGUUGGAGUGUCUCAGUAAAUAAGCAUACCAGGGUAAAACUUCAUCGAUGUCUUUGUCGAUAAAGAUUUAAUCCUAGGUUUAACCUAUAAGUUCUCAAAGAAGAAUGCUAUUGCUUAUUAUGCAAGAGCAUAUAAUCCAUAUGAUAAAACCUGGGUUGAUUAUAAAAUGGAAGGAAUUAUAACUAAUAGCAAAGUUAAUGCUUAAGGAAAAAGAGUAAUGUUUUCUGACAAUGAAGAAUGUUAUAUACAUUAUCCUGACGGCAAUUCUAAUAGUAUCUCUGGAGUUUAAGAUGCAGCUCUCGAUAAUAACGGAACUAUCUUCGCAAUUGCAACCUAAGAUCUCAGUAAUGAUUAAUACAGACGAUUCGGUUCAGUAGCGAAAUUCUACUCUAAUAAGCUUUAUAGAAAUGUUGAAGUCUACCAGGAAAAACCAGUACUAGUAAAAUAAAAUGGUAACUUAGAAGACUUCAAUUAGCUCUGUGUUUAACAAAUCAGCGCUGGAUAGAAUAAUGGCGGGGGAUUAUUUGCCUUAAGUUGCGAAUAGCAAAAAGAUUCACUCUACUAAGUAAUGAGAUGGAAUUAAGGUCUUAAAAGUUGGGAAAAUAUUGACGAUACAUUUGCUGAAAAGAUUGCUACAUUUUCAAAUGAUGUAGUCUAUAUUUUUAGAUAAUCAAGCAUAUUUGAACUAACAAUUAAAAAAUGA